ACUACUAGUCUGUCGUCAGCAAUACAAACCCCGACCAAGCGGCUGUCGAAUGCAUUGCGAAGGGCCCUCCCUGUUUCUACCCAUGAGAACAUCUACACUGUACCCAACCUACUGACCGCAUCCCGGAUCAUAGCCGCUCCUUUCAUUGGCUAUUGUAUUCUGAAUGAUCAUCACGCUUGGGCCUUGGGCUUGUUUGCCUAUGCGGGCAUUACUGAUCUCCUCGACGGCUGGAUAGCACGGAAAUGGAACCUGGGCACGGUCGUUGGAACGGUGAUCGACCCGAUGGCUGACAAGGCUCUCAUGAUGGUCUUGACCGUGGCCUUGGCCAUGAAGGGCACACUACCUCUUUGGCUAGCCGUCAUUAUCAUUGGUCGGGACGUCGCCCUGGGAAUUGCGGCCAUCUAUUACAGGUGGAUCUCGCUGCCACCGCCCAAGACCUUCAUGAGGUACUGGGACUUCUCGCUGCCGUCUGCAGAGGUCCACCCUACGACCAUCAGCAAGUACAACACGUUCUUGCAGCUUGCUCUGAUGGGUUGUACGACGCUGUCACCAUUACUACCCAUCAUGGGGGGCACGCCCUUGACAUUGAUGCAGUACACCGUGGCAGUGACGACGAUCUGGAGCGGUGCAAGCUACAUUUACAGCAAGGACGCUGUCAAGAUCCUCUCGCAAAAGGAUACCAAGGAGCGGGAAACCCAAGAGAAGUCAGAUAGAUGA